AUGACGAAAAUUGGUGUUAUGGUUUGUGUACUGAUCGUGAUUAUGGAUGUUGUCGCUAGCAUACUUGGUAUCGAAGCAGAAAUCGAUAAGAAUAAGGUGAUCAGGGUAAGGAUGAAUGCAUAUAAGCUUGGGUUAGUAGCUGCUUCACUUUUGGGUUUUGCUCAUAUUGGCUCUAACUUGCUUGGUGGGUGUAUUUGCAUAAAUUGCAUGCAAGACUUGGAAAGAGUUUCUGCUUCCAGGCAAUUAUGGUUUGUUUGUCUUGUUUCGUCAUGGAUUAUCGCAGCGAUUGGAUUUGCUGGUCUGAUUAUGGGGAUAUUAGAGAAGUUGAAAUCAAUCUCAUCCAUGAUCAUCAAGCACCACCAUCUUCUCUUCAUUGGUGGUGUUUCAUGCUUCAUACAUGCCAUGCUUUCUGUUGCUUUAUAA